AUGGCCAUCAGGAUCAUACGAGGGUAUCGUACCAUAUCAUUUGAGGCGGCGACAAUCUUGGCGCGAUUCCCUCCCAUGGAUAUACUGGCAGACAUGGACGCAAAGGUCUACGACCGGAUGCGUAUUGUCCGCCAGACAAGCGGAGGCCAGCCAAUAACGGCGUUUGCGGUGGCCAUUAGACGGGAAGAAAAACAAAAUGCAUUAGCGGCGUGGCACUCAAGGCUCUGCGAGGAGCCUUAUGUGCAUAAACGCGUCGUCGAAGCCAUCCUCCCGGUCUUUAAAGACUGGAUGGACCAAAAAGAUGGAAGACUCACCUAUAGACUGACUCAGGUGAUCACCGGGCACGGGUGCUUUAGCGAUUACCUGAAUAAGAUAGGACGUGAGGCAACAUCGAACUGCCACCACUGCGGUGGCACUGCUCAGGACUCUGCGGACCACACACUCGCGCAGUGUUCUGCGUGGGAUGGGGAACGUCGAGCCCUAACGGGUCGGAUUGGAAGUAAUCUCUCCUGCCCGCAGUCGUGA